GAUCGUGAUCGUCCUGCGUUGACGGCCAGGGAUGACAAAUCUUCAUUUUGCCCGUCUCAUCGAAUGAAGAAAGCGCGAUUUGCGGUUUGACACCCUGAGUGAUGAUAAGUCAAACCAUAUUUUGCAAAAAGCAUGUCAUCCGUCUUGGACGGGGGACGCCUCAUCAGAGAAGAGAGGGAAACGGAAAAAGAAAGUAGAAGUGCGCAAUUUAGAGCCACAGAUAAGUCUUGGAAUAGCGAAAAAGAGGAAAACCUACAGUCCAAAAUGCACAGUACUUUGUCACCAGGCGACACUCGAAGAGAUACUUCGGUCGAAUCAAAGGCUGUUUAUCGAUUUCAAUUUAUUCUCUAUGCAAGACAAAACCAGUUUAUAAUUGCGCUUCGUCCUAUCACAACGCGCAUAAGGAGCAGGAUGAGAAACGUCAAAAGGGCUGAUUCCCUAUUAGGUUUAGAGUCAUUGGCAGUCCUGCUGAUGAGUUGCGGAUUUUUACUACUGUUCUCGGCCAAACUACCAGAGUGACAGAGGAGACUUUAGAGUCGCCAACUUGUAGUAAGGGAGUAGGAGCUAGGACCCCCAUCCAUGGUCCACAAGGCCCGCAGCGGACCAGCGGUCCACUCCGGCCCGGCACCCUAAGCAAUGCAAAUCGUGACCAAACUCUGUCUAAAGAAGUUAAUGAACAGGUAAUCGCGAAACUUAAAUGGGGGAAAAAGGAAGGGGGCAAUGACUUUGCUUAC